GGCUGUGGGUGUGGCACACUUAGCAUUAGCUUAGCUAGCAAUGGAGAAGCUGUGUCGCUAAUGUUUCUUUCUCAACUCCGAAAAACAUCUCAGCGUAUCUGACGUACAUUCCUAUAGCUGCACAUUGCAGCUGUGAUGCUGUGUCAGAAUGGGGAAUCUUUUUGGGAAAAAGAAACAGAGUCGAGUGACGGAACAAGACAAGGCUAUAUUGCAACUGAAGCAGCAACGAGAUAAACUGAGGCAAUACCAGAAGAAGAUCAACCUGCAGCUGGAGAAGGAAAGACUUUUAGCCAAGACACUGCUCAAAGAUGGCAAGAAAGAGAAAGCGCUCCUCUUGCUGAAGAAGAAGCGCUAUCAGGAUCAGCUGCUGGACAAGACGGAGAACCAGAUUAGCAACCUGGAGCGUCUGGUUCAGGACCUGGAGUUUGCCCAGAUUGAGAAGAAGGUCAUCGACGGCCUCAAAGUCGGAAACGAAUGUCUGAAGAAGAUGCACCAGGUCAUGUCCAUCGAAGACGUGGAGCGCAUUUUGGAUGAAACGCAAGAAGCCGUCGAGUACCAGAGGCAAAUAGAUGACAUGCUGGCUGGUUCCUUGUCCCAAGAAGACCAAGAAGCUGUCCUGGCUGAGCUGGAGGCCAUCACUCAGGAAGGGGUGGAGCUUCCUGACGUUCCUGCCCAUGAACUUCCUGAGGUGGAGGAGAAGGAAGCAGCGAGGGAUCGUCCGAGGAAGAAGGCAGAGCUGUUGGCGGCGUGAGAGGACGCCAGGCGGACACCAGCUUACCUGCCUGACCUUGUCCUUGCAGGGGAGCGCGGUGGAUGCUGAUAGUAGGAUGUUUUUAUCACUUAAUAGCGCUUUCUCUCAGCGCUGCAGCCUAACUUCCUGUUGUGGUGGAAAUGAACACCUGAAAGAGGCCUUAUCAUUAUUAACAUGAUUGUUUAUGAAAGUCAUGUUCACGUGCACCUUCAGCUUCCUUCAGUCCCCUGGAACUGUCUCCUGGAUGACUGUCUCGUCCAUGUGCUCCUUUCAUCUAGAUAACUCUAUUCUUUCCAUUUCUAUUCUCUUCAUUAUAUUGAUUUUUUUUUUUUACAAUAAACUCCUUUGGCCAUC